UGGAGCCAGCACCACCGAUCCUCAGCGUCAGAUCAAGCCUGUAUAAAAGACGCACUCUCCACUUCGGCUGCAACAGAUGAAAAGACCUGCUAGAGCCAGCACACAAAUCUGUCAUUUAAGUCUGUUUCAUGAAAUGUCUUCCACAGGAUUUCACUGCAAGAUUUUGUUCUGAAAGGUUAGUGGAUGAAGAUUUUUAUUUAUUUUUUAGUUGUUGAAAAUAAUAUAUCUAUUUUUAUUGUAUCUGAUGUGAGAAACUAGGAGGAAAUCCUUUUUUUUCUAUGUUUUUUUCUUUUGAAUAUAAAGAAACGCUUGCUGCUUCUGCUUCUGGUCUCUGCAGUCUCACAGACAAAGAGGAGUAAAGCUCAGAUUUCUUUCAACAGUCUCUUCCAGUGAACAAAAAUGAAAAGACUCAACUCUCCGAAAGCCGCGCUCUUGAAUGGAUGCAAUUAAUAGACUGCUGGCAAGCACGGCUUCCGAGCCUCCUGACGGAGAACUAUUCAGACAAUACCGUCGCCACCGCAGCUCUUUGCGAUGGCUUGUCUCAACUUCACCAGCGGAAAUGAGACGAGCCGUAACCCCUAUAACGCGCAGACCUCUGUGCCCCUGACCGUCCUGGUGGGCAUCCUCAUCCUGCUGACGGUGUUCGGCAAUGUCAUGGUGGUGAUUGCUGUGAUCACAAGCCGAGCGCUGAGAGCGCCCCAGAACUUGUUUUUAGUCUCUCUGGCGUGUGCGGACAUCCUGGUCGCCACCUUGGUGAUGCCGUUCUCCUUAGUGUACGAGCUGAUGGGUUACUGGUACUUUGGUAAAGUGUGGUGUGAAAUCCACCUGGCUUUAGACGUGCUCUUCUGCACCUCGUCCAUCGUCCACCUGUGCGCGAUAAGCCUAGACAGAUACUGGUCCGUCACUCAAGCGAUCGAGUACAACCUGAGAAGGACGCCGCGCAGGAUCAAAUGCACGGUGUGCCUAGUUUGGGUCCUGGCGGCCAUCAUUUCGUUCCCUCCGCUCAUCACCAUGAAAAAGGACGAGGGCACGAAAGACAGGCCCGGCUGCGAAAUUAACAACGAGAGAUGGUACAUCAUAUUCUCCAGCACCGCCUCCUUCUUCGCACCCUGCGUCAUUAUGAUCAUGGUGUACGUACGGAUCUACCAGGUGGCCAAGAAGAGAACGAGAGCCCCGCCGGGAGAAAAGCAACGAGAAAACGGCAACGCGGACGCAAACGCGAAAUCCGGUCUGAAACCCCCGGGGGGAAAAGACGGAGACGGGAAGGAGGCGAAAGGGGAGGAUGGCAAAGAGGUCAACGAGCUGGACGCGGAGGAAGAAGCGUCCUCGUCUGAUGGGAAUGAGACCGUCCUGUGCUCCCUGAAGAAGAAGAAGAGCAUGAGAACAAGCAAAGUGACUCAAGUGAAGCCCGGAGAAACGUCUCCAGAGCCAGAGUCCUGCACGAGAGCGAGCAAGUGGAAGGGAAGGCAGCACAGAGAGAGGCGCUUCACGUUCGUUCUGGCCGUGGUCAUGGGAGUGUUCGUUAUCUGCUGGUUCCCCUUUUUUUUCACGUACACGCUGGCUGCCGUGUGCAGCACCUGCUGCAUCCCAGAGACACUGUUCAAAAUGUUUUUCUGGUUCGGUUACUGCAACAGCUCACUAAAUCCUGUCAUAUACACUAUAUUCAAUAAUGACUUCAGGAAGUCUUUUAAAAAGAUCCUUUGUAAACGGCAGAGCAGAGGUUUGUAAGCGAUCGUUUCUAAUGCGCACUAAAAGCGUAAAAGCAUUUUUAGUCAUCUGCAUUAAGAUUCAUUAUCUUUAUAAAUGUGACAUUAAAGUAUUUAUUGACUAUGUAAAAAAAUUACUUUUGUGUUUUUUUUUCUUGUGUAAAUGUUGUUAUUGUAAUA